AUGGAAAAGAUCAGCUCGAUCGCUGUUUCGCUCAUUGCCUCACUCACUCACUCACUGAGUGCCAGCGAUCCAGUUGCACUGAACAGCUUGGCGGAUAUUAUCACUGAUCACUGUAAUUUCUCAUCCGGAGCAGUUUCCUGGUCCAGUAUCCUGCACUUUUACAUCACAACAGUUAAUACGAAUUCUCAGACGGCUCCCACCAACAGGAUCGUUUGGACUUUCCGCGUGCAAGCUACGCGUCACGGUGAGUGA